AUGAGCACCCUAAAUCAAACAAGAGUGACCGAGUUUGUCUUCUUGGGACUCACUGAUAAUUUGGUGCUGGAGAAACUGUUUUUCAUGGCAUUCUCAAUCACUUAUAUGCUCACUCUUUUGGGGAACACUCUCAUCAUUUUUACCACAGUGCUUACUGCACGUCUCCACACUCCCAUGUACUUCUUCCUGAGCAAUCUGUCUUUUAUUGACAUUUGCCACUCAUCGGUCACCGUGCCCAAGAUGCUGGAAGGCUUGCUUUUACAGAGAAAGACCAUAUCCUUCAACAGUUGCAUUGCACAGCUGUUCUUCCUUCAUCUCUUUGCCUGUGCUGAGAUCUUUCUGCUGACCAUUAUGGCAUAUGAUCGUUACGUUGCCAUCUGUGCUCCACUGCAUUACCCCAGUGUGAUGAAAAUGCGAGUCUGUGUGCAGCUCGUAUUUGCUCUCUGGCUCGGGGGUACUGUUCACUCAUUAGUGCAGACCUUCUUGACCAUUCGUCUGCCCUACUGCGGCCCCAACAUUAUUGACAGCUACUUCUGCGAUGUGCCUCCUGUCAUCAAGCUGGCCUGCACUGAUACACACCUCACAGGGAUACUGAUCGUGUCCAACAGUGGAACCAUCUCCCUUACCUGCUUCUUGGCCUUGGUUGCUUCUUACACUGUCAUCCUGGUUUCUCUCCAUAAACAGUCAGCUGAAGGGCGCAGGAAAGCCCUGUCUACCUGCUCAGCCCACUUCCUGGUGGUUGUCUUCCUCUUUGGACCGUGUAUCUUCAUCUACACACGGCCAGACACCAGCUUCUCUAUGGACAAGGUGGUGUCUGUUUUUUACACAGCGGUCACCCCUUUGCUGAAUCCUCUCAUUUACACCUUGAGGAAUGAGGAAGUAAAAUGUGCUAUGAAACAGCUUAGGCAGAGACAAGCUUUUCCAUAA